UAAAAAGAAUGGGUCUAACAAGACGAUUAUAGGAGUGUCAUAACGGGUCUAUUGCCUUUUAUAAAAAAAAACAGGUUGUAGUACAACAACUCAAUAGAUAGCCCAUCAGACCUUUAUUUUAAGUGAUAUAACGGCAAGUCAGUCGAUUGAUAUUUUCAAAUAGUGCAACUGACAACAAAUCUGAAAAACUUCAAUUCAACUGAUUAUUUAAAUCAAUCAGAUUAUUAAUAAAAUAUGUCAAGCUCAGGGAGACAUAAUUCAGCUACAUGGCUAAUAAAAAUUAUUCGCGAUAUCGGUCGAGGCAGACCCAUUCUGCCAGCUCACAGAUACGCUGAUAAACAAUCUGAACGUACUCAACCGCCUCCAAAUAUACCAGGAGGUCCUUAUCAUAAAACUUCUGAAAUUUAUUAUUAUAUUCAUGAUGCGCGACGAGAAGUAAAACCACCAUUAAUAAUUAGUGAGGCGAAACAGAUUAGCAAAAAUUAGGGGUGAUCCUCCUGUAGAAAACAAAUGUAUAACCCCAGGAAAAGUUUAUAAAUGGGAUUAAUACAAGAGUUGAAUAGUGACUUCUAUUGCAAGAGUUAAACAAUGAUUCAUUAGUGCAAUGUUGUUCAAUAAAAGAAUUGCUGUCUUAACCUGUG